AUGGCUGGGCUGCAGCGGCUACGGGCCUUUACAACAUGCGAUAUCGGCGACGCGUUAGUCAAGCUGAAAUACCCGCUGGGAGGCUUCCUGGACGGGAUCAAGAUGUACUCGCCCUCACCCGAUGAAACGACAACCGCCACCGGCACCGUCUUCGGCCCCGCGGUGACGGUCAAGAUGGUCGAGGAAAGCGACCGCCAGGCGCCCCGCCCGCCGCGCCACUUCGCCGACUGCAACGAGCCCGGCAAGGUCAUGUUCAUUCAGCAGCCCAAGGGCGUGUACUCGGCGUGUUGGGGCGGCCUGAUGUCGACACGCGCGAAGUACCUUGGCGCCGCGGCGGUGAUGAUCGACGGACGUAUGCGGGAUGUCAGGGAGCAUCGCGAGAUCGGGUUUCCGGUCUUCGCCCGCGCCACGUCCAUCCUGGGCUCGUACAGCUUCACGCGCGCCUCCGAGAUCAACGUCCCACUGCAGUUCCAGGGCGACCUGUGGAUCCACCCGGGCGACAUCCUGGCCGGAGACGCGGACGGCGUGGUGGUCGUGCCCCCCUCGCUGAUCGACCAGGUGGUCGCCCUGUGUCAGGAGCGGGCCGAGAUUGACGAGAAGACCUUUGCCGCGCUGCGGGCUGGCGAGGAGAUGGGGCCCACGAUCAAGCGGCUGCGGAAGGAGUGA